CCAAGUGAAAAAGGUGCUGCUCCGCUGGUGGAUGAGGCCAAUGUUGAGGACGCAAUUACCUGCCAAAAGCCGCGUAACGACGAUAAAAUCACAUGGAACUUUAAGCGUGUUCACCCUGAAUUCUUCAAAUGCAAUGGAAAUAUCAUCGAACGCACAAGAACAGCGGACAGAAAGGAGAGUGACAGCACAAACGCACUGCAGCAGGAAAAUGCCCUGACUUUGUCAAAGAUGGAACCAAUGGAGAAUGCGCGAGCUCCCAAGAGGAGAGUGAAAAUAGUGCAUGCGCACAACACGCAAGGUGAAGAAAACUACCUGAAGAUAUAUUUGGUUUCAAACAUCAAUUUCAAUUCCAUUGUGGAAGCCUCCAAUUUAAUCUAUACAAGGUUGAGAAUUUUUACGAAUAUAUACUCAGCAUUUUGAAAAUAUCCAACAAUAUGUUUCCUUAGAAAGAAGCAAUGGAAACUCUUCAGACGACCCGAUAGUCACAGAACAAUAUUCCCCCGAGGGUGUGUUUCCAAGUCCUCUCACGGAAGAGAACGUGCGCAAUGUAAGUCAUUUAUUCAAUAUCAUUGCAAAUUGGCCCUCUCUAACUUAAAUGUACAAAAUUUAGAAGUUAGGUGUUAAACGACUUCAUUCUUUUCUUUCUUCAUAAGGUUAUCAAGAAACUGAUUAAAGAUCGCACGAGGGAGGCAGCUGACAACGCUGAUAUUUUACGGGAUAAAAUAUCCGCACUAGAAAUUGAAAACAAGCGACUUAAGCAUAGGGUCGUGGUCUUGUUCAGAGCGCUCAAAGAAGUACUUUCCCGUCAGAGGAAUCAAGAGGUUUGACUACUAGUAUACCUUACACGUGAUUUUAAUAAGAAUUGACACCUACAUACGAUGCCUCUAAUUUCACAACGUGGCAAAUAACUUCCCAGGUCGAUUUAGCAUUAUGAGCCGAACCUCACUCUGCUUUAAUUGGUUAUGGGUGGAGCGUCGGAAAUUCUGUAUCAGUAGUAUUGCCUUCAUUAGAAUUUUGUCAAUACUUUUGUUUGAUCACCAUUUAUGACCCGUUUUUCUGACGGUUAAAUAAUGCUUCAUAUUUUCAUUGUUGGUUUUUCCUUCCCUCCCUUUCCAAAAAAGCAACGAUAAAACGAUUGGAAUUAAAUGCGACCUUUCAUCAAUACAUUUAUGAAUGCAACGUCGCUUUUGAAUUAAUUGCAAACGGUAAUUCAGUGCGUGGUAUUUUACGAUUUUUCAGGUAAUUCCGACCACUGUCCAGACAAGUUCGAUACAGAUGAAACCUCGCGUUCUACCAAACAAUCUUGGAUCUCCACAAACAUUAACCGGAGAGGUAAUGCUUGCAUCUCCCACUAAUAAUUGCGGUAAAACGGAUGUAUCUAAAUCCCGUGAGUUGCCUACCGAUGUUUCAAUCUACAAUUCUCUGGCCCCUGUUACUGAUGGAGUCGGUUCAUUCCAUCAGAGGUGUAAGUCACCUAAAACUGUUGUUAGUGGACUUCAUCCAGGGAUAUCACAUGAUGCCACAUCCCCUCCAAUCCCAAAAAGAACACCAAAUAUCCACACCACCUCCUUGAAUGGUUCAGCUUUGAAUUUCCCGAUGAAAUCCAUCUGCGAAGAGAAGGCGUCUUCUUUUACUCAUCCACCAACGUUCUCAACAACAUUUUGCACAAAUCAAGUUCAACAUUCACCUGAAAGUACGGCCCUAGCCAAUCAAGGGUACUGUACAGUUACAACUUCUUCAACCAAAGCCGUUAUGGUAUCUAAAGCUAUUCAGAAUACCGUGCCCCUUCUCACUCAAGUCGUAAAUGAAAUUGUGCCAAACACUGCGACAGAGAUGCAAGACCAGUCUCACGUGACAACUGAACCUAAACUUUCUAAAGUUCCCAACGACUUCAAGGAGUCUCGGCUUUGCAGUAAUGCUGAAAUAGACCAAGUUCCCGCUAAAGUUUCUACCCAGAAUGGAAGUACAUUAGUAUGUUCUCUUCUUGACCAGAACAUAAAAUCGCACACUUGUAACGAAAGUUCCCCCAAGAGGCACAGGGAGAAGUUAGUCGAUCAGCAGUUCGAAGACCUGAAGAGCUCGGAGGCAGAGAGCAAACAGGGGUAUGAAAGGAAAAAUGUCUUGGUCACCAAAAUCAACGGAUUAAAGGAGAUAUCGAGUCCUUCCAAUGGGUCGCCUAAAAUCAAAUCCUUUCCUCAAAGCCUUCCCCGUGUUUCUCAUGAAUGCUGGAAGGGUGGUCUGCAUACUGAGUCUCCAAGAACUGCCUCCAUCACUUCACAGCAAGUUCCUUUGUCAAACUCUGAGUGCUCUUUUGUAUUGGACAUUCCCAUCCCUGGUUACGGUGAAAGAAAAAGUACGCCAUUAAAAGACGCUGGGCUAGGAAAUGCAAAUUCUUCUCCAAAACUUGGUUUAGUAAAAUCCACUUCAGUCUUCACCCCAACACCUCAAAGGAUAAUGCCUAACGGCAGUAUUGAGGUUAAUAGACCAGAUCCGAGUCCAUACUUUGUUAAUGACGACAAAGCAAACAAGGAUAAGAAAGCAAUGCAUCAAACUCCUUAUAUGUUGGAAAGGUCAAGCUUAAACCUCCAAUUACCUUCAAAAAGUGUGGCUGCUGUAUCUAAACACUAUUGCUACAGUCUUAAUCAUGGACAAGAGUUCUUUAACGGAACAGUAAGAACUGACGGUACAAAAACUGUUUCAAGUCCUUUGACUGAGAAACCAAAGUCAUCAGCCCACGAGGAAGAGAGAUCGAACACGGGCAUUAUUUUGACAAAUUUCAAAAAAAGAAUAGGUACCCAUUCCCCAAGCGACCAACACACGUUUCCCCAUCUGGAGAGAAGUGCCAUUUCUCAAGUGACCGAAAGUUUCUCUAAUAAAAAUUUAGCUGAAUUCACGUCGGGUAGUACAAGGAAAGUCCGAGAGGCGCCUUCUUCCGCUAAACCAGGCAAUUUUCACAACUUGCUUUCAUCUGCCAAAUUUUACAAUGGGCGUGAGUGCAACCAGCACACAAGGCCAUCCGAAGGCUCCUCUACCAGCGGUUAUCAUGUUCCUGUCAAACCGAAGUUCUCUCCUUAUGCAACGAAAAGUACAAAACCAGAGAAACAGGUUCCUUUGAUGGGGUCUAAUGGGAGGUUCGCCCCACCAGUGACCGAAUUGCAGGCACCAGAUCCACACGUUGUGGCUCACAUACCACAGUUUCUGAAUGCUGAGGCAAAGUUCGCCAGGAAUCAGUAUUUCAUGUUACCGAUGAGGCAUCAAAUCGAGACUGCAAAACGCAGUAGUAGAGAGUCGGACACAGAAUUAGCAAGAAUCUCUUGUUUGCCUGAGAAUUCAUCCGGCAGAGACACAUUUACCGCUAACUGCCUCUGUUGUACUAAGACGCACCCGAGUUAUGACAAAGAGCGACUUCUGUUGCAACUUCUUGAGUCCAAUCGAGCAUCGUUCAUUCCACAGCGUACACCAAGGACCUAUAAUAACUUUCCAGCUACAGACAAGCAAAACUUACUUAGCACUCGAUCAGGGAAUCCGGUUACACUGUCAAAUGAUAACUCUGAAAUAGGAAAUCGUUACGUUAAUCUCCAGCCUCAAAACCAUGCUAAGAACAGAUUGAAAAAGCCUGCAAGACCGUCGUUAUUCGAUAUCAGUAACGGAAAAACAGACAGUGUAGUCUUACCUGGUAACCCUCCUUCAGACGUAGAAGGCUGCAAAGCCAGAUCAUGGGGAACAACGUGUUCCUUUACACCUCAAUUGGAACUAUCCAGUUCGUGCCAACGAUACCUCGAUCAGCUCAAAAAUUCUACUGGACUUCCAACAUUAUGUCAGCAAAAUACUUUCCACUUAGAUUCUACACCUAUACCACAUUUAGAAAGAGAAGCAAUCAAUAUGAAUGAGAGUUUGCGUGCUUUCCCAUUUUCACCUCCAGGUAGUUUAAUAACGCAAAAAAACAGUAAACAAAAUGAGACUUGCAGUGAGCAGCAAGUGAAUCUUAAAUCACCAAACGCAGAGAACAGUUAA